UGCUCCUAGUGCGCUUUGGCUUCAUAAUUAUAAAGGCAGCAGUCCAGUGGUUCAUCUGUCAGAGCAGAGGACCAUCUGAACAUGGACGUGGACGUGCAGAUGGAUUACUGACAUGUUCUAGACGAGGACAAACAGGAAGCAUCAUGUCGGAGAAGAAACCUCGCGGCUCAGACACUCGACCCAAAUGCAGCCUUCGCAGCUGGAGCGCUGACAGCUACGUCUGGAAGGGGAAGAAAAGGUCACGCAGCGUCCGGAACAGUUCCAGUCCCGGUCUGGAGGCCGAGGAGGACCUGGGCGUCCGGUCCACGUCGUGUCCGAGGCGGCGCCGGGACAGGAAGUGCAGCUGCAGCGCUCUGGGCGACGCCCUGACAUCCGCCGACCUCGAUGUGGUUUGUCGGAAGGCGUUGUCCCGUCGCUCCCUGCGGCAGAAGUUCCAGGAUGCCGUGGGGCAGUGUCUUCCUCUUCGCUCUCACCAUCACCAUCAUCAUCAUCACCUCCAUUCGGGCUCGUCGCGGCCGUUCUCCGUUCUGUUCUGGUCCAAACGGAAAAUCCACGUGUCGGAGCUCAUGCAGGACAAAUGCCCCUUCUCACCAAAGUCUGAACUGGCCCGAUGCUGGCACCUCAUCAAAAGCAACGCCGCCCACCCGAGCGGCGUCAAAGGCCUCAAAGCCUCGUCCUCGUCAUCAUCGACCUCCCCCCCGCAGACCCCCCUCUCCUGGGACGACAUCUGCUGCUCCCCGGGGCCUGGGACCAGUUCUCUGGAGGACUGGGAUCCGUCCUGUGGCCUCAGAGGAGCAGACAGCGGCUGCGACUACAUCCUGGUUCCAGAUCUGCUCCAGAUCAACAACAGCCCUUGUUACUGGGGCGUCCUGAACCGGUUCGAGGCGGAGGAGCUGCUGGAGGGCCAACCCGAGGGCACCUUCCUGCUCAGAGACUCCGCCCAGGAUGAGUUCCUGUUCUCCGUCAGCUUCCGCCGCUACAGCCGCUCCCUCCACGCCCGCAUCGAGCAGAACGGGAAGCGCUUCAGCUUCGACGUACGCGACCCGUGCAUGUACCGCGACCCCAGCGUGACGGGGCUGUUGAGGCACUACAGCGACCCCGCCACCUGCCUCUUCUUCGAGCCGCUGUUGUCCCGCCCCCUGCCCAGGACCUUCCCCUUUUCGCUGCAGCACCUGUGCAGAGCAAUAAUCUGCAGCUGCACCACCUACCGGGGCAUCGACAACCUGCCGCUGCCCCCCCAGCUCCGAGAAUACCUCCGACAGUACCACAUCAAGUGUGACGGAGCAUGUGCAGACUGACCCACCAACCAGGACGUGGAAGUACUUCAAGGUGUAAUACCACAGACCGCCACUAGAGGAGGG